AAAGAUCUGCUACAAAAGAAUAUGUUCUUUCCCACAAAAAUCUCAUCUUCAAGUGUUCCCAUUCUAAUUUAUAUUCAGUUCAAACUACCUGGGGCUUUGGGAGAUCAGAGGCUGUGUAAUCUGUCAAAAUUUGUGUUGUUUGUUUGGUUACUUGUGGUACUUAUUCUGAUCUCGAGUUACACUGCAACAUUGAGUUCACUUUUAACGGUUGAACAAUUUGAGUUAGCAUCAAAGGGUGGAACCGUGGGGUUUCAUGGUGGCUCUUUUGAGGCUGGCCUUGCAGGAGUGACUGUUAGCAACUUGCAUUUUGAGGAUUAUAGGCGUAAACCGUUCUAUUCGUAUGAAGAUUAUGCAGAAGCAUUAUCAAAAGGUGGGAAGCAUGGUGGUGCCGAUGCUAUUAUUGAUGAAAUCCCUUAUAUCAAGAUGUUUCUUUCCAAGUACUCUAGUGAUGAUUACGCAAUGAUUUCAUCUGUACCUUCUACUUCUGGUUUUGCUUUCAUCUUCCAAAAAGGAUCGCCUUUGGUUACAGAUAUGUCGAGACAAAUUGCCAAAAUAAGGGAAGACGGAACUUUGAGAAUUCUGGAGAAGAAGUGGUUUGAGAAACAGUCUCUAUCAUCUCAAACUCCUCCACAAACGCCACAAGCCUUGAGUUUUCGUAGGUUUAAAGGUUUGUUUCUUGUUAGUGGAAGCUCUUCAGCGUUCGCCCUACUGAUAUCCGUCGUUUACUUACUUCGAGCAAAACUGGAGGUCCAGCGGAUCAUUGCUUUCAUGAUGCAACCAAAUUUAAUGGCUGCUUUGAGGUAUCUCUUAUUUCGAAAUGUCAUUAGGAUGUAGAGACCUAUUUGGAGGAGGAACAAUUGAUCAAUUUAUUUAAUUUUAAGUGUAACGGAUCCUUUUUUUUUUGAUUGAAAU